AUUUGGAGUCCGACACCAAAAAGUCCUCCAUAGCCAAAAAAGCUUAAAGCCAAAACGCCAAAAAGCCAUAACUAAACACCAAAAAUUCCCUCUCUCUCUCGUCUAACCUUCUCGCCCGCAAAGGUUUCCUUUUCAGACAAGUACUUUACGGAAUCGGCGCCACCAAUCACCGUCGUUAUCGUCGGAUUCUGGCGAAUCUCCGGCCACAUUUCACCUGAUGCGAGAUUCUCAUCACCAAGGUGUAGAAAUGAAUGGGUUUGAGAGCAGGAGAGGUCAGAAUAUUGAGAAAUUUCCAGGAUGCUUAGGCAGGAUGGUAAACCUGUUUGAUUUGAACACAAAUGUUCCUGGAAACCGCCUGCUUACUGACAAGCAGCAUGAUGGUUCUUCACUCUCAAGGAGUCAAUCUGACGUGGCAAGGACAUUGAGACCCACCUUUGGAGAUCAGAAUCAUCAGAUAGAGGAUAAAGUGAUUAUAUCUGAGCUAAGGAGAGCUUUUUCGAACAAGAAAGGUAAUAAAACACCCAUAAAGAUGCUCAUGGCCCAGGAAAUGUCUAAAGAAAUGGCAUCUAGGCAUAACCCACCCAAUGUGGUUGCCAAACUGAUGGGACUUGAUGCACUACCAAGGCAGCAGCAUAAUUUAUCUGCACAAAGAUGCCAUUCUAAAGGUUCUUCUCGGCAAUCUUCAAGUCAUUCUCAUAUACUGGCGGAAGGCUGGGAGCAAGAUCAGGGCUUUGCAGACAAGGAAAUGCUAUCCGAAGUAAACCCCUGUCAAGAGCUGGACAAAUACAAAGAUGUUUAUGAAAUCUGGCAACAGUCCCCAAGGGCAACUUAUUCAAGAGAUAGCUCUCCACAAAAAGGGAGGUAUAAGGAUAAUGUGAAUGAGAAAAAAAUGGCUCUAGUUCGUCAGAAGUUUAUGGAAGCAAAACACCUGGUGACAGAUGAAAAGCUUCGCCAAACCAAGGAAUUUCAAGAUGCACUAGAAGUUUUGAGUUCCAAUAGAGAGUUAUUCCUCAAGUUUCUGGAAGAGCCAAAUUCUAAUUUCUCUCAGCAUGAUUUCCAGUCUUUACCUCAACCUCCUGAGAAAAAGCGUAUCACGGUUCUUAAACCUAAGAUGGUUGACAAAGAAAAAUUUACUGGAAUAGGGAGCGGUGAUAAACAGAAAAAGAAACCAUCUCGGAUGCAUCACGUAACCAAGUAUGAUAGAAAUAACAGGGCAUGUUAUCCUUCUCUCCCCAGUCCGAAAGUUGACGAGUAUCCUCCUCAACCAACUAGAAUAGUGGUCUUGAAGCCCAGCCCUGGGAAGUCUCAGGACAUUAAGACUGUGGCAUCUCCAUCCCCCUCAUCACCUAGGAUAUUACAUGGUGAGGAUUUUUGUGAUGAACCUGAAGAUGAUGGUGCACGAGAACCAAGAGAAGUGGCAAAAGAAAUCACUACGCAGAUGCAUGAAAAUACGAUGGGUCACAGAAGGGACGAAACAUUACUUUCUUCUGUUUUCUCCAAUGGUUACAUUGGUGAUGAUAGUUCGCUUAAUAGAUCUGAAAAUGAGUAUGCUGUGGAAAACCUCAGUGAUUCAGAAGUUGUGUCCCCAACUUCUAGACAUUCAUGGGAUUACAUCAAUAGGUUUGGUAGCCCUUAUUCUUGCUCUUCCUUCAGUCACGCAUCAUGUUCUCCUGAGUCCUCGGUUUGCCGGGAAGCAAAGAAGCGGCUUUCAGAAAGAUGGGCCAUGACCAUGAUGGCAUCAAAUGGGAAUUCUCAAGAACAAAGGCAUGUGAGGAGAAGCUCAAGCACAUUGGGUGAGAUGCUUGCUCUUUCUGAUACGAAGAAGUUGGUAAGAUCUGAAGAAGAGGGAAGUACUAAGGACCAAGAGCCUAGGGGAUCAACUUCCUGCACGGCUAGUAAUCCGAAUAAAGAAGAAAAUACAAGCGAUUCUCCCAAAGAUCUUCUCAGGUCAAAAUCUGUUCCUGUGUCUUCCACUGUAUACAGUGCAAGGCAUAGUGUUGAAUUAUCAGAUCCUGAAUCUAGCAAAGAACAAGUUUCUAAGGAACUUACAAAGGCAAAGAGCAUGAAAUCAUCUUUAAAGGGGAAAGUUUCAAGUUUCUUUUUCUCAAAGAAUAAGAAAACGAAUAUAGAAAAAUGUACUGGAUCUCAAUCUACAGAUGAAUCGCCAUCUACAACUCCUGGAAGACUCGGGUCACCUAUAAGUCAUCCUCUAAAGAUUAGCAAUGAUGCAUCUCAGAGCUUUAAUGACAGUUGCAACCAAGUGUGUUUAUCUCCAGUUCUAGAUGGAUCAGUAAGUAAAAGUACAUUACCAGAUUUGACUGGCACAGGACAGAAACAAGGCACAAAUGCUGUGGAGGGAGGGUUGGCUGUAGCAAAACCUUCAAUGCUUGUCCAUAUAAGUGAGAAUCAGGACCAGCCAAGCCCUAUCUCAGUUUUAGAACCUCCAUUUUACGAGGAUGAGAACACAAAUCCAGAGUCCUCGUGCAGUAGCAAACCAGUGCACCGAGGGGUGCCACCUAAGUCUAACUUGAUUGACAAGUCACCUCCUAUAGGAUCGAUUGCACGCACCCUGUCGUGGGAUGAUUUGUGUUCAGAUACAGCCACAUUAAAUUCAUCAAAACCCUCUAAGGUGUCCCCAGGUGCCAAGGAAGAAGAACAUGAUUGGGUUUUAUCGGUCCAAACACUGUUAUCAUCUGCUGGUCUCAAUGACAAGGAGUAUUUUGAGUCAUUUAUUGAUGGAUGGCAUUCACCUGAAAGUCCAUUGGACCCGUCCUUGAGAGACAAAUAUGCCAACUUGAACGACAAGGAACCUCUACAUGAGGCUAAGCGACGACAAUGGAGAUCAAACAAGAAGCUCGUAUUCGACUGUGUGAAUGCAGCCAUAGUGGAAAUCACAGGUUAUGGAUCAAACAAUCGCAUGAACGAGAUGUCAUUGUGCAGGUCCCAUAUCAGGGACAUGGAGAGUGCAUCGCCCACAUUGGUUGACCAUGUGUGUGCCCAAAUUAAGGAAUGGGUUUCCGGCGACAGUAAUCAUGUGGUGGACAAUGAUGAUGACUGGGACACUGACAGCCUGGUGGUGGAAAAGGCAGUGCGAAAAGAAGUGGGUAAAGGAUGGGUUGAUCAAACAAAAACGGAAACAGAUAAUUUAGGAAAUGAGAUAGAAGGGAAGUUGCUACAAGAGCUCGUGGAAGAGGCCGUGGUCGAUUUAACCGGUACAAUGUUCUAACCAAGCUCUUAUUUUUGUAUUUCUCCCCGUCCUUUAUUUAUUACAACUUCAUAUAUUAUCUGUGAAUUUAUGCAUUUGAUUCUCAAGAAUGAAUUGGUUCGCGAAUGUUUGGUAUAUAUAAUUUUGAGCAUCUUAUUCUGUCCCCUCA